AUGCGGCUACACAAUGUGCUAAUCGUGUUCUCGUGGCUACUCUUGUUAUAUGCAUGUUCCUUGAUAACGGAAGCUAAGCCGACAACUUCAAGGGUCUGGAAAAAUGCAACCAAUGCCUCAUCGUCGUCUCCAUGGCUAAAGAUGGUGUCCAAGGACGGAUGGCCGAGGCCCGUCGGGUGCUGGAGCAGGUCAUGGAUAUGCAACCAAGGGGAGUAUCCGCCAUUCCGCAAGCAGUGCUGCAGGAACCGGUGUGUUGACAUCACUUCGGACGUCGACCACUGUGGGUUGUGCGCCAUCAGGUGCCCUUACACUUGGCAGUGCUGCUUCGGCCUCUGCAGGAACAUAAACAUCAAUCCGCUUCACUGCGGUCGGUGCUUCAACCGCUGUCCCUUUGGGGUUCCAUGUCUCUUCGGCAUGUGCGGAUAUGCCAAGCCUCUGCCACCGCGCCGCCCUUACCCUCCCAAGCAACCCUGGCCUCUGCCACCACGCAGUCCUUACCCUCCCAAGCAACCCUGGCCUCCCAAGCAACCCUGGCCUUUUCCGCCCCGCCCACCCAAGGGAGAUCAGCCACCUGCGGUCGCUUGA